CAGUGGAUUAUAAAUUGGUCAAGCGCUCAGGGCUUCAUUAUGGAAAUCCUACUUCGAGCGCAGACUAGCCUGCGCGGAGACAAGUACGGUGAGGAUGUGUGGGCCCGGGCGAGGGCGGUUGUGGAGGUUGCCCGACCUGUUAGGGAGGCGACCAGGGAGUAUAAGGGGUUCCGUGUCGGGGUUGAUGUAAAUAAUGAUGUCCGUCAGAGCGAGUGGGAGAUGGUGGAAUGUGUGGAGCAGGUAAAGGCGAUGGUUGAGGCUGGGGAGGAUUUUGUGAUGAUCUGGUACACGGAGCAGAUUCACAACCUGGCAAAGCAGUAG